CCCCUCUCGCUUUCUCUCAAAGCUACAUCCUUCCGCUCCGUCUCCUCUCCUCUCUCCUCCCCUUCCUCGCCGCACCUUCUUUCCAUUCCCCUUCCCCUUCCCCUCUCCAACACCCUCUCCAACACCUCUCCAAUACCUCUUCCCCGCCCCGAGAGACGGUUCAACAAAGGCAUGUUCCAGCCUCAACCCACGCCGUUCGCCUCCAGCAGCUUCGCGUCCUACGGCCUAGCUCCCGAACUGGACUUGGGAUAUCCCGUGUCAGCCGGAGGCGGAGGAGCUGGUGCGCCCCCCGGGUCGCCCUACGACUCUCAACCGCAACAGCAACAGCAACAACAGCCUGGUGCACCACUUCAGAAUCCUCACCUGCAGCGCCAGCAACAAGCCUCGGCAUCGCCUGCUGCUUCUCCCUACGCACAAUCCACCGCUUCCUACACCCAAUCCACCACUUCGACGACGUCGCCACCGCCGCAGACCCCAACGAACCGAGACACUGCUCAGGCGCACCACCACCAGCACCAAGACCUGCAGCUCCGCCAACAACAGCAGCAGUUCCAGCAGCUGAACAACCAGCCGCUCCACCAUACUUCGCAGCAUCAACACCACCAAGCGCCCCAAGCGCCACGCCAACCCUACCCUUCCAACUUCGUCAACAUCCCCACGAUGGAGGACCAGCAAGACCAGCAGGGCCAGCACGACAUGGCCGCCCAGCAGGCUGCCGCCAAAGACUACCAAGCCGUCCACGAGGGACCUUUGGUCGGCAACAAAGUGUCCAGCGAUGCCAUCACCGCCGAGUAUGCCAAAGCCGACCAAGUCUACGUCGAGAAAACAAUUGCUCUUCCCCAGACAUUUUCCCACUAUCGGCCCAUCCAGGGCGACGGCAACUGUGGCUGGCGAGGCCCAGAUGCCAAACCCACGCCUUUCCCCCAGACACGACUCCGCUCUCCGGCGGCACGUUGCUUUGUCUCGCCCUGCCGCCCGUGUCUCGGGACCCUGUCUCAAGUGACCUGUCGAAUCUUGGCUAACGGUUUUGUCUCGGCAGCAAUUGGAUUCUCCUACUUUGAGAAACUCAUCGAUUCAGGCGAUCAGGGUAAGAUUGAGGGCGAAGUCGCCCGACUGAUGAGCAUGAACCACAUGAUGUCUAAUGUCGGCGGCUAUGCUUACUUUGAAGAGUGGGCCGACGAGAUGUUCGGACUGCUUCGAGAGAUUGCUCAGAGCAUGGAUAGCCCCGACCCGCAAGUGCCACACCUACUACUGCUUGAGCGGUGGAAUGAUGCUGCAGUUAGUAGCAGCAUCAUCUACUACCUUCGCUUGCUCGCCGCGACCUACCUCAAGGCUAACGCUGCCACUUACGAUCCCUUCCUCCCGGAGGUAGCUGGAGGCGUCGUUGGCUACUGCAACCAAUCCAUCGAGCUGGUCGAUCGCGAAAUUGAGCACCUGGGCAUCGUCGCCCUCGUCCACAUGCUGCUCCAGCCCGUCAACUUUGUUCUCGAGAUCGUCUACCUGGAUCGAAGCCCCGGCAGCCAGGCAAACCGAUAUCGCUUUCCCGAGGAGGCCAACGGUCAAGACCCUUCCAACCUUGGUCCCAUCAUUUACUUGCUCUAUCGGCCCGACCACUACGACAUCUUGUACCUCACGCCUCCCCCACUGGCAAUCCCGCUUCCUGUGCCCACUGCUCCGGUGUCGAUGCAUGUCAACCGAGUCAACCACCUCUCUCGCCAUACCCCGAUUACCAGCACCAUGGACCUUGGAGAGUACUCGUCGGUUGACUUUAGCACACUAUCCAUCAUUCCUGGGCUCAACUCGAUGGGGAUGGCCCCCUUGGCGCCCCCUCCGCCCACGACCUCUGCGCAGCAGCAGAAUUCAUGGAUAUCGUCUUACGACGGGUUACCGGCUUCAUCCCCUCAGACUCAGUCUCAACCAGCACCCGCCCUCAUGGCAUCACCACAACCCCCAUCCCCACCCACUUCCAUGUCAGCCAGCUCAAGCGUAGGGCCCAACCCGCCAAUGGUUGCUACAUCUGGGUUGGGGCCUGCACUUUUGCCGCCGCCGAAUAACAGGACGACCCCCGGUUACCAAAUUCGAUUCAGCCCAGUUCAACUCGAAUAUGAAGAGAAUAGGACCGGCAUAGAACCACAUUUCAAUGUCAAGACAAACACGUUCAAGAACAGCAUAUGGAAUCGUGCACACUAUGGAAACCCAGACUUCCACCCCGAGGAAUGGAGCCCGGACGAUGAGCAUGUUGAUGGAAGAGUUGGAGGGAAACGCAAAAUGAAGAAAGAGCCGCCGUCUUAGAUGAAUGCGGUGGAUGGGCAUGGAAUCGAGGAGAUGCAUACGCUCUGAGAGAGAUUCACGGCACAACAACACAGAAUGGUCUCAACAAGCCAUUUUUCUUACGACAUUGAGCGGUUGGGAGCAUGUGCGGGAGCUCAGUUUGGAUUGAUUCAGACGGUGGAUGGAAGUAGUUGGAU